AUCAUCCGCCAUCUGUAGUAGCGUAGGUAAAUAUAGUAGAUCUAUUUCGUGGUAGGCCUGGAAGAGAUCACAACAACAUGGAUAACAGGUUGAUCACAAUUCCGUAUAAGGAGAAGUCAGUAGAGGCAUGUGUUAACAUACCGGACGUGACGAAAAAUACCGGAUACGGCGUCAUUCUGACUCAUGGUGCUGGCGGAGAUAUGCAUUUUUUGCAGCUGACAUUACUGGCGGAGUUUCUCUCUUCCAGAGGUGUAAUGGUUGUACGGUUCACGUGUAAGGGUCUCAACCUCGCUUACAGGGUUAAAGUAUACUUGCAUGUUGUGGAAUAUGUUAUUGCACAUUACAAGGACACCAACAGAUAUUUUGUUGCAGGAAGAUCCAUGGGGGCAAGAGCAGCUAUAGGUGUAGCAAAUAAUGUUAAAGGAACUACGCUUGAUCGGACUGUAGCAGGAGUUAUUGCCCUUUCCUAUCCACUUCACACGCAAGGCAAUAAAUCAGCUCUACGAGAUGGACCCCUGUAUGAGUUAAACAAACCCGUAUGUUUUAUAGGCGGAACAGAAGACGAGAUGUGUGAACAAAGUUUGUUUGAAAAUGUCCUUAGAAAUGUUGACAGAUAUGAAGUAAAAUGGAUACAAGGAGCUAACCAUGCACUUAAGGUGAAAGGAAGCAAUGAAGAGGACGUGAUUGCAGAUGUCGGGAACUUUAUUUUUGACUGGUGUAAUAUCAAAUGUUCAGAUAAUGAUGAUAUCGCCAACUCAGAGAACGGCAAAGAAACAAAGCAAAUAGCGAAGAACUCGAAGAGGAAAUCAGAGGGAAAGAACGAGAUCAGUAGGAAGCGUACUAAAACUAAACACAAGUGAAAAAUUCCUCCCGUUCGCAUCUUAAUUACUGACAGAUGCAGUACUAGCAAUGCAUGUUUUUAUGUAGAAAUAUCAAAUGAUUGCUAAUUUAGUUCGAUAUAGAUAUAACUUAUAUAUAAGAUCAUUUCAUUAAGGAUGUAUCGUAAAGCUGCGCGCUUUCGUGAUAAAAGGGCGUCCAAGUGAGAAAGAUGAUUGUUUAGUGAACAGAAGGGCUGUUUUUUUUAGAUAUUUAAAACUACAUUGUAACUGAUACUGAAAUAGCAAGUAUCAAUAAAGCAGCUGACUGAA